AUGUCCGCUCCAGAUGCAGCAGCACCCCCUGCCCCGGCUCCAAAAGUGGUCAAGAAGAGGGGUCCCACGGUCUCUGCCCUGAUACUAAAGGCUGUGGUGGCGGCCAAUGCAACCGGUGGACUGUCACUGACCGCUGUCAAGAAGGUCCUAAAGGAUGGAGGCUAUGAUGUCAAGAAGAACAACGCCAGGAUUCUUCUGGCAGUGAAGCGCUUAGUGGACAAGAAAAAGCUGGCGAAAGUCAAAGGGUCCUUAAAGGUCAACCCCAAGCCUAAGAAGGUGGCAAAAAAGAAGCCAGCAGCCAAGAAAGCAAAGAAACCUGCGGUAAAGAAGUCACCUAAGAAGAAAGCAAAGAGUCCAAAGAAGCCAAAGAAGGCAAAGAGUCCAAAGAAGCCAAAGAAGCCCAAGAGUCCAAAGAAGCCCAAAGUCAAGAAGCCCAAGGCUCCCAAGAAACCCAAGGCUCCCAAGGCUCCCAAGGCUCCUGCCAAGAAGUAA